GAGAAACAAAGUCAGGAGAUGACAAUGAAGAAUACUCCAGAUCUUUACGUGGGACUUGAAUAUCUAGCAAGGAGAAUGAGCAAUCCAUCAAUGACCCAUUCCGAGUCUAUAUGCACUCGUCGUUUUUCGGUCUCGUCCUGACCCUCGGCCAGACAUUGUAAAUACUGUGUAAUGUCGGGGCUUCUUUUCGUUGACCUGCAUUGUCCCACUCAAAGAAAGUCGCGACCAGCACGUUCGACUUGCAGACAUCGCGUCUCACAUCUUCCGUCUCUACAUUACCUCCAGGCAGAAGGCAGCCAUCAACACCAACAACAAAUUGGAUAGUUCAAAUCAGGUUCACCAUCGCUUCUACCUCAGCACCAUAUUCAGCAAUUGAUAACGACGAGCACCACCACACUCUAGAGUACCAUCAUGGAAGUCUUCGGCGAUGAAGCCUUCAACGUCCCCGACUCGACCGACUGGCUGGACACUCCCCUCGCAUGCUUGAUGCCCGUCGAACAAGCCUUCCGCUGCCAUGUAUGCAAGGACUUCUACGACUCUCCCAUGCUCACAUCUUGCAACCACACCUUCUGCUCAUUGUGCAUACGAAGAUGUCUGUCCGUUGACAGCAAGUGCCCGCUAUGUCGAGCUACCGACCAGGAAUCCAAACUCAGAGGCAAUUGGGCUUUGCGCGAAGCCGUAGAAGCCUUCAAAGAUUCCCGUAAAGCACUUCUCGAGUUUGCUAGGGCACCACCGACCAUUCAAGCAGCACCUCCCGACCUAGCUGGCCCCAGUUCACCCACAAAACGAAAGGCGACGGAGAUGGAAGGGGCGAAAGAGGAGGAUCAAGAAACCAAGAGGCCUAGAAGAUCAACUAGAUCAACAAAGACCCGAGCUUCCGAGUUAACAGCGGCAAUACUACAAGAGGAGGAAGACACCACACCCACAGCCGACCCAGAUUACGUCGACCAACCACCCGACGACGGCCUAGUAGCCUGCCCCAUCUGCCUCACCCGCAUGAAAGAACAGCAAGUCGACCGCCACCUCGACACAUCUUGCCCCGGUUCUCCUCAACCAGCAUCCAAACGACGACCAACCCCAGCUCAAACACCACAACAACCGACCUUUUCCUCCUUCAACACCCGCCUCACUUCUCAGACCACUACGCAAAACCAAAAACCACCCGAACGCCUCCCCGCCCUAGCCUACUCCAUGCUCCGCGACACCGCCCUGCGCAAGAAACUCUCCGAACUCGGUCUCUCCACGCACGGUUCUCGGCAGCUUUUGGAGAAGCGACACAAGGAGUGGAUCACGCUUUGGAACGCCAACUGCGAUUCUUCGCGACCCAAAAAGCGGUCCGAGUUACUUCGCGAUCUAGACGAAUGGGAGAGGACGGUAGGAAACCCCGGCACAGCAGCAGGAGGAGGGCAGCAGGGACUCGGUCUCAUGGCGAGGGCGCAAGCUGCCGGGGCGCAGAUCAAGGACAAGGAGUUCGAUGGGAAAGCGUGGGCGAAUCGGUAUGGAGGGAGUUUUGGGGAUUUGAUUAAGCAGGCUAGGAAGGGGAUUAAGAGGCAGACUUUGGAUGGGGAUGGGGGAGAAAACACGGGCGAGGGCGAGGGCGAGAAGGAGAAGGAAACUGAGACUGAGAAGGAAGACAGUACGCCAGCUGAACUUCCAACGCCAGCGAGAAGAGAGGUGGAAAGUAGCGCGGCGCCGACACCGAUGGACAUUGUCCCGCCAUCAAGUCCACCACGGCAUAAGCAGGGGCGUGACGCGGGUACAGAACACAACGGGCAAGCUCCUGGAAGGGAUGCUAUAGCAGAGGAUACCGCCAUGAUGGGGGAACAAGUGAUCCCUGGGACACCAGAAAAGGGACAGUGGGAGACGCCGCAGCAACAACAGCAGCCACCAAUAGCUGGAGAUGCUUAAAGCAAGGUUAACGAGGGACCUGAGAACAAAACCAAAUGAGUUAGUAAGGCCUCCGGACAUAAUCAUGAGACCAUUUCUUUUCUUUUCUGAUAUUGCUGCGUAACUGCUUCGUAUUGUAUAGCGACCGACGAAUGCGUUAUUCUUCUCAACAUAUUUCAUAGGUCAUGAAGGCAACAACUUCUUUCGCAUACGAUCAUCACAACACACUCAGGUAGUCUUUUCGUCGUUGCGAUCAAGAAGAGGGGUUGAUGACCUAACAAAAAACAGAAAAAUAUCACGAGAGACUCAUGAGGAGAAAAGUAAGUACUAGGUCAUUCAAUAUGGGUUUGUAGCAAAAGAAAAGCGCCAAAAAAAUAGAAUGCAAAAAAACAUACAGCACCUGGGAUUCGCUGGUCGUCACCGACCCAACUACUAGUCAGGCGAUUGGUGGCUUAUCUAUGGGAGAGCGGAC